AUGACUUCACCAUUUCCAAAUCUUACCAAUGUUAAACAUUUAAGAAUGGCAACAACGGAGUCUAUCGCUAAUAAAGACUAUUUCAUGAAAAAGUGCCGAGUACAUGCGGCGAUCAAAAAAAAGCUUUCCGAAAAACACCCCGAGUUCAAUACCGAUGAGAUGUUCACCGACGAAUCAAUCGCAAAAGUAACCGAAAAGAUGACCGGCGAAAACUUGAAACUCCUCGAAGCGCACAACUUUGAGGAAGAGCUUCAGAAAAUUCAAGAGAUCAAGCAGAACGCACCUAGUGGCUCUGGUUCUGAUUGGAAGCCUUCUUUCGUCCCUGCGAUCGACAACGAAGCAAAGAUUGUUAUUUCCAAGCAAAGCUUGUUGGAAAAGAUCACAGCGGAGUACGAAGCAGUCAAGAACAAAAAUAGCAUCAACGAGACUCUGCUCGCGAACAAGAAGACCUCCCUCGAUGCGAAAGUGAAGAAGCUCAACUCACUUUGA